GUAUCACUUCCGGGUUUGCUGUUAUGUCGUCUCCGUGAAGGUUGUGUCUGUUGGGCUUGGCUGGAGAACUGGAAAUAUAGGUGGAUUAUUUCAUAACACGAUACCAUCUGUUCGCCGUUUGUCACCGGUUGUCAUGAUGUGGUUGGCUGUGGUGCUUUUGUGUGCGAGUUUUGGGACGUCAGCGCCUGCCACUAUACAUCUGACGAUCUACCCGCAAUCUGCCGUGGAUGGAGCCGAGGUCACACUGUCUUGUACAACCACAAAUAGCGGUGGGUUGAUAAGUGUCAACUGGUACAGAAACAAUGUUGAAAUGUUCAGCACAAGCAGUGAUGCCGACGUAUCUACUUCCAUAUUCAACCCCACCACCAGCUCCAAUGAGUCCCGCGCUGUGGCAGGACGUGUCACUGUCAGCUCCUCCCUCCAACAACACAACGUGACACUCAGGAUCAACUCUACACUCGACCAGGGCUCUGUGUGGAAGCGCCAGAAUGGGAAUCGUUUCAGCAAUAACGUCACUGUGGAGAUUACAGACAACACUGAAGCGCCUGCCACUAUACAUCUGACGAGCUACCCGCAAGCUGCCGUGGAUGGAGCCGAGGUCACACUGUCUUGUACAACCACACAGAGCGGUGGGUUGAUAAGUGUCAGCUGGUACAGAAACGAUGUUGAAAUAUUCAAGACAAGCAGUGAUGCCGACGUCUCUACUUCCAUGCAGAAACCCAACACCACUUUAUCAGAAUACCGCGCUGUGGCAGGACGUGUCACUGUCAACUCCUCCCUCCAACAACACAACGUGACACUCAGGAUCAACUCUACACUCGACCAGGGCUCUGUGUGGAAGUGCAAGAAUGGGAAACGUUUCAGCAAUAACGUCACUGUGGAGAUUACAGACAACUCUGAAGUCGAGAGCGCCACAGAGUCCAGCUCUGCGAUCUAUAGUACAACACUGACGACUGGAGUACGACAUACAGUCGAGAGCGCCACAGAUUCCAACUCUGCGAUCUAUAGUACAACAUUGACGACUGGAGUACGACAUACAGUCACAAAGCCCAAAUCUGCGAUCUAUAGUACAACACUGACGACUAGAGUACGACAUACAGGUUUCAGCACGACAGCCCCGAUGGAGUCUAUAAAACAUGAAAUUAUCUACGCUGUCGCUGGCUCCGUGGGUGGUGUGGUGGUCGUCGUUGUCAUCAUCAUCGUUGUACUAUUGUGCACACUAUGCAGAAGAAGAGAAAAUGCAAAGGAAGAAAAACACGGCAAAGAAGGGAGAUUCAAUGAGGAUUCUAAAAGAGAGACAAUCCUGAUGGAAGAUAACGAUCUCUACAGACAAUAUGCCGACAAGGGUGUCGACGGAACUGAACACCAGGUGUCAACAGAGAAACAGGAGGUGAUAGUGAUGGAAGAUAAUGACGAGUAUCACGGAUUUGUGAAAGCUGAAAGUCAGAAGCCAGCAGAAAAGCAGCAGGUGCCAGAUGUGUAUUCAAAGGUCAACAAGGUGAAGAAAACCAACAAUGCAACAGAAGUACAGAUCACUCUGAAUAUUGAAGACCUGUAUGCGAAGCCCAUCAAACCAGCAAACAGAAGGAGUGAAUCGUCAUCCUAAGUGUCAUCCUACCAGAACGUGGACGUCAGCACCCUAGACUGACCAACAUACGUCAUCAGAAGCAGUGGUCGUUGUGGACUUCUAAUACAGUGAUGCUGAAAGGGAAUCUUCCAUAUGACACGCCGUCAUUACACCAACACCAACGAGAAAUAUAUACAUAAUCAUACAUCGUAAUGCACCAUUAUUUAUUGUCACCAUAACCCAAGUUAUUCAAGCUUUAUGACGGUUUCCUGAGAGGAAAUCCAGUGAUGUAUUGAGAUCAACGAUUUGCCCCUUCGGGAUACUAUGACGCUCACAUUUGCAGGCUCACACGACCCAAGUCGCUUGGGAUGUAUUUCAACUCGGUAUCCCAACAGGAAUGUUUUUGUUGAGUACAAUCUGAUACAGUUUACUAACAUGUUAUGAUGAUUUUGUUAUUAUUCUCUGUUUUACGUUGCAUCAUUGUUCUGAAUGCUGUAUAUCCACAAAAAACGACUUUUGCCAUUUUCUCCCCAAAAUGCACAGUGAAAAAUCACCGUCUCAAACUCACAAUUAGCGGAGAAUAAAAUGGAUUAACAUAAAAAAUACCCUAAUUCAUGAAAUACUAUUAGAUACGUCGGUGAACAGAAAUGAACCAAGCGUUGUUGAGUAUGAAAGGAAAAACAUGAUUUUGGAACAGAGGUUAGGGGAGUGAAUAGAUAUAAAUAAGUUACUAUCUUGUUUCUAUUAUACUUACGACAUUUUUUUAUUAAAAUCAUUAUGUAGUAAAACUAUAUGCGAGUCUGUAAAAGGCUCUUCUGUGCCUGUUUUGGUUUCUGUUUUGGUGCCUGUUUUGGUUUCAAGUAAGCCGCUUACUUUGCGUGAAGGGUACCAAUUCACGUAUAUAUCUUUUAGAGUCAUCAUUAGAUGUUUGCCAAAGUAGCAUUCUGAAUCCCUUGUUAUUUACUUUCGUUAUUGAUGAAUUGGUUAAACUGUGAUCAGUGAAUAUUUGUCAUUGAGCACAUCAAUAUACUGCUAAAUUUGUUUGCUGAUGAUUUCCAUAUAAAGUGUCAAGUCUGCAAAAACAAUUGAUUAUUUUAGAAAUGUUUCGUAACACAUUACAACCUCGAGUUACCAUGGGUGAGUCUAAGUUAAUGUAUUUGAGUAAUGCUUGUCUCGUUUGCAUACAUGAAAAAUGGGUCUUCUGUAAUAGGAAAAAAAAGAUAUCAAACUAAGACGCUUUCAUGUUGAUGUACUUGUAACCUGUGAAAAAUAAGGAUCCGUAACUUAUCACAUUUAAACAAUAUAAAUAUAAUCGGUAUUCCCCAAAAGUAUUGCUCCUCCAAAUUAAUAUAAACAACAACUUGUAAAUAUUGCAAAGUGCACGAAAGCAACAUAAAAUCACAGCUGUUGCAACAUGCUGUCAAAUGUGACUUCAGCAUGAAACGUUGCAAUGAUUUAAAGUCUUGUAGGUUUUACAUUUUUGCUUGUAGAGUGUUCAUAACUGGAAGCUGAAGACACUGCCUGGUACUUAUACGUUUGGCCAUUUGCCUCAUUGCUAAUGAAACAUGUCAGUCUGUUGGAGCAGUUUUUCACGUGCCAAAGAGCUACACCAAAUUACUAUCUUAUAUUCUACUGAUGUAUCAUAUGUUAUGUAACAAGUGCUUAAUAAAUGAUCGCCUACAUGUA